CUGCAUAGAACCAUAUAUACAUGUUCUCCAUGAAUCUGAAUUCACCAAGCAAAGAUCCAUUUAAGCUGGGUCCUUUGUGUGGUCAUGGUUCUGUAUUAGGAUCUUUACCUAAGAGCCCUUGGAGAACCGUCUUUUUAAAGAAUGUGCUAAAAUUGGAAUUGCUGGAAUGUUUAUAAGGAUCUCGCCUGACUUUAUGAACCGCAAUCAUAUUUCAAACUGCAAAACAUGAGAGUUAACAAUGUGGGCGGGACAGCUGCAUUUUGACGCCCAAUCUGACACGAACGAUAGCUGCAGCGACCAAUAGGAUGGAAGUAGUAUUUUGCAGCAGCCAAUCAGAUUGAGGACAUGUGCUUCGACACGCCCUCUCCCACAUGAGUAUGUAGGCUGGCUGUUGUCAGAUAGUGAAGAAACUGGCAGGCCACCAACAAUGUAGACGAGCUCCACAAACUAUAACAUAUUCAGGUCAGGCUGCGUGUUAACAUUCACUAAACGCUCGGCGUGUUCAUAUUUGGAGUCUAUUACAGACAGUUGUUCCGUAAAAUACAGUAACAGGAUUUUUUUCAUUUAGAAAAAGUUUUUAAAGGAGUUUUGGUGAAUCAUUAUCUUCACAAAAGAAAUUAGCUGCCUGCUAGCGAGUGAGCUAGCGUUAACAUCACAAACAUCUCUUUGUAUGGAGUUACCGAGAGACCUCCACUAGCUGAAGCAGCUCCUGAGACAAAUAGCGGGGAACUUUGGAGAUUCGUAAAGUUUGUGAAAGCCCAAACCGAGAGAGAUCUGCCAACUCGUGUGCUUUGGGAUGUCGUGCUGGAGUGGAAAGGCCCGGGGGGGCAGCCAGGGUCUCCAGCCUCUCAGAGCUACUGUUCCCUUCCAGCUCCACAAUAAAACCCCACCACGUUGCUGCAGAGAUGCACUAACAGUUGAAUGCAAGACAAAGGCUCGUCCUCCGAAGCCGACCCUGCGACGGACUCUUUCUCUGGACACGCUGGUGGGGCCGUACCUGCAGGGCCACUGGCCCAAACAGCCGGAAAGUCAGAACAUAACCUGUGUCAAUGACAAAGCCACACAGACCCCCAGUUCUUGGACUGAAGAGACCCGUGGUAGAAGAGGUGGAGUGGGGCACAAACGCUCUGCAUCGUGGGGGAGUGCCGAGCAUCUGAGAGAGGUGGCUAAGCUAAGGCACUCACUACAGAAGCGCUCCAGACAUGCACCUCCUACUGCUGGCUAUGAUCGGCCUCAUCAGCCCCCACCGACCAUCCACAUACACGCACCUGGAGCCACACAGACUGUACCUCUGCUGCCACUCAGCAGGCUGGCUCCCAGAUUACGACGCAGUGUAGAGGGACUUAACCUGGAGCUGGAGGGGGUCUUUGUAUCUGAAUUACCAGAGGAACAGCACAAGAUUCUGGAUGUCCCAGAUGGUCAUAGAGCACCUGUUCCAGCUCAGAGGUGCAGCAGUGGCUCUCAGAGUGACCCUUCACCUGGACUCCUCUCCCCUUCACAAUCCCCCUGUCCCAUAGCAGAUUCUGAUAUGGUAGUCUGUGGGCGACUGGAUCCCUCUCCCUCUCCUCCCCUGUACGUGGCUGACGCACCUUCCUCUUCCCCCCGCCCCAAUAAGACCUACGCCUUUCAGAGAGAGCCCCCAGAGGGCUGCGAGAGAGUGCGCGUAUGUGAAGAGGCCUUUUCUCCAUGUCACAGCGAUCGCCCUGUUCAGCCAUCCUGUCCAGACCCCAACAAAGUUAACUUUACUCCUCAUGGAGGCUCCGCCUUCUGCCCAGUCAGCCUACUUAAACCCCUCCUUCCUUCCAUGGACUUGCUGUUUCGUGGCUUGUCAGUCUCACCUGUAAUUGGCUGCUCAGGCCAAAGCCCUGCCCCCUGUCAGACAAUAACACAUACAGUGGGCAACAACACAUACCUCCCAGACUCUAACACCUCUACCAUUUAAAGUGGUGGGAGAAAUGACAGAACUGAUGCACAAAAGAGCGAUGGACUGAAGCUUUUUUUUUCUAUUUGCCAGUUUACUAGUAGUUGUGGCACCCACAAAAUGAGCAUUUACAUUUUAGCUAAGGAGGAAAUCAGGACAAAAAGAUGGAAGAAGGACGACAAUCCAUCACCAAAGGACUACAAGAAAGCACUGUCACUCUCAGGACAAACACACAAGACUUUUCAUUCUGAAUAGUUGAACAUCUUAGCCUGGCUAUACAUGAUCCCCACAAUAGGAUAGCUAACCUAUUUUAGAUUAGCAAAUGGAUGAAUAUACAUGAGGUGAAUUAUUCCUUUAUGACAUGGGAAUGUGCCACAUGUCUAUCAAAAAAACUGCAUAAUAAUGCCAGCUUUGAGAAGUGACUCUUUUAAAGAGGCUUACUGGACUUUAAACCUACAUUUAGAGAACAUACAGAAACUGCUGUUGCCAUACUAGGUUCUCCAGACCAAAGCCUAUGUUUAUCAACACCUCAACUAUAAACGAAUUGACAUGUUGCUAUGACAGAACAAACUGACUUCUAAUGUACGUUAACAAACUGACUAGACCCCAGUAAGGGUUUGUUCAUCAACUAAAUUGGUUUUGUAUGAAAGAUUUCAUUUAUUCAUUUACCACCACAGAAUCCACAACCUAUUAUCAUUAUUAUCCAUAGCUUUUGACUACAACAGUUUCAUAUCUUGACUUUUUGGACCGAAGUCUGUGUUUCUUUAUUUGAUUAAUUGGUCAGAUGACAAAAGUUGACCAAUGAACUUUUUGUUGACAGACUUCUAAAUUAUAUUGAAGAUAACACAGUUGUGUACUCGACUGAGAUGUCAUUUGUUUUAUCCUGAACUGUUUUUGUAAAACUCAUUAGCUACUCUGAAGUACAUAUUUGGAAUGAAAAGGUUUCUUUGUAAUAUUCACAUGAGUAAAAACUGAACAUUUUCCUACUGCAAACUAAACGUAGCGAUUGUUACAUCCAAAAGCACUGAUUUCUGGUAGUUCAAGCUCAUAGAUGUAAUGCCUAUACAGCUGCAUUUUGCUUUAUUUUUGAUAUUCAGAGUGAAUAUUUUUUGCAUUUUGCAUCUAUAUUUACUAGAUAUGACAGACAGUGUCUGAACCCCUGUUCGUUUGUACAGUUAGUGUGUAGCAUUUGUAGCAUAGCACUAAAUACAGCCAGUUGAAGUUCAGGUUUGUGUUUUUUACUCACUGUGUGUAUGUGUGUGUGUGUGUGUGUGUGUGUGUGUGUGUGUGUGUGUGUGUGUGUGUGUGUGUCAUUAGUUGUGCUUUCUUUUUUAACCAGUUUUGAAAUGUAUGAUGGCUCAUUUGAAAUCUUCACUCUGAUUUGUAAAAACCUUUUGAGAGAAAGUAAAGAGCCCCUGUUGCUAAAGCUGCGGACCACUACAGUAACAAGCAGUAGAUAAAGGCUAUAUUCCUCAAUUGUACUGACAUUUUAGACAGAGUACAAGAGUGAAUCCCAUUAUGUGCCUAAAACAUAUAGAAAACUGAAUAUUUGAUAAAUGUAUAUUUUUAUCCAGGUUUGGUUAGAUUAAAUAUCAGUUUAAAAAAAUGCAGGCUCUGUUCCCUGGUAGGAAGAAUUGUAAAUAUGUUAUCACAGCAUCCUGUUUAUGGCUGUGAAUGUUUUCUUUGAACAUUUCUAUUUGUUUGUUCUCUGAAAAGGUUAUUUGUGAAGUCUUCCUUUGUUUUGUUUUUUAUUAUUAUUUUAUCGAUCAACAGUGUCCAACGUCUUUUUGCCUAGAUGAUACUGCUGCAAAUGGUCAAACUCUUGUUUAUGCUCUGUUUAUGUUGUUGGAUGACAUAAAACGGUUUAAAAACUG